AUGUCUCGAAGAACAGGGUCUGAUGAUUUUACAGAGAACUCGGCCAGCAAGUCAGAUCGAACGCUCUUUGACAGCGGCCUCUUUCCAACAUUCUCAUCAGACAAGGCGCGCGAAUUGUCUGAUCCCUCACUGGAGGCCAAAGGUGGUCAAUCGGUCCUUUCGACAGAAGAAGAGACAGCGGAAUGGCGGGUGCGCAACCAUCGUCCGAGCGAUACGUAUGAGGGGCUUCAUCGUUGGGAUCCUAAAGCGACGUGGGCGCCCGAGGAAGAGCGGCGCAUCCGACGGCGUAUCGACUUGCGCAUUAUGACCAUGCUCUGCGUCAUCACAUUCGCCCUUCAAUUGGAUCGGGGAACCAUCAGCAACGCACUGAGCGACAAUCUGCUGAGUGAUCUUGGCCUCACCACAGCUGAUUAUAACAAUGGCAUGACAAUCUUCUACUGUUCAUUCUUAUUCGCUGAGCUGCCAUCUCAGCUGAUCGGUAAGAAAGUCGGCGUCGACCGGUGGCUCCCGAUUCAGAUGGUUUUGUGGUCCAUCGUUGCCAUCUCACAAUGCAGACUCACUGGCAAGACAAGCUUUUAUCUCACUCGCGCAUUUCUCGGCAUAACAGAAGGCGGCACGAUACCUGACUCGAUCGUCUAUGCGUCCCUAUUCUACACCAACGGCGAGCUGCCCGUCCGCCUCAGCUUCUAUUGGGUCACUCAGACGCUUACUCAGAUCGUCUCCGCAUUCAUAGCAUACGCGAUUUUGCGACUAGGCAGAGAUGGUAGCUGGCCGGGCUGGAGAUGGCUCUUCCUCAUCGAGGGGCUUCUCACGCUCUCGCUGGGCAUCAUUAUGUGGUUCUACAUGCCGGCUUCGCCGACGCAAACACGAUCCUUUUGGUCAAAACACGGCUGGUUCUCUGAGCGCGAAGAGGUUAUCAUGGUCAAUCGCAUCCUGCGGGACGACCCUGCAAAGGGGGACCUCAGCAAUCGGGAAGGCGUCACAUUGGCGCACCUUCAGGCUGCCGCUCUUGAUUAUCUCCUGUGGCCAAUCUAUCUGGCGGGGUUGCUGGUCUUUGUUGCCUAUAAGCAGACGGGUGCCUACUUGACCCUAGUACUGCGUUCAUUCGGCUUCAGUACGCUAAACACUAAUCUCCUCACUGUUCCCGGCCUGGUCUUUUAUCUCUUCAACAUGGUCUGGCUGGCCAUCGUUGCGCGACGUACGAAACAGGCUGCAUGGACGAGUCAGAUUGCGACCGUCUGGAUCAUCCCGCUCUUGAUCGCCUUGAUCGCCCUGCCCAGUUCAGCCUCAUACUGGAUCCGGUAUGCUCUCAUAGAGCUUAUACAGAGCCAACCAUAUGUGCAUCCCAUCCUCAUCGGGCUCGUGUCUGCCAAUAGCGGAACGGUGCAAACGCGAACAGUCUCAGCAGCGCUGUACAACAUGAGUGUGCAGGCAGGCUCCAUCAUCGGUAGCAACAUCUAUCAGCCAAGCGAUGAGCCGCUCUAUCGCAAAGGCAACGCUGCUCUCCUCGCCAUUACCGUCUUUACAGGUUUCCUGCUCAUCUUCAUCUCAUAUCUCUUUCCCUGGCUUAACAGACGUCGAGCGCGUCAGUGGGCACAAUCGAGCGAGCAGGAGAAGCUAGACAUUUUGCUCGGUCAGCGAGCCUCCAACAAGCGCAUCGACUUUAGAUUUACAGCAUGA